AUGGUGGAAGAAAACACCCAAAUCGCCGGGAAUUCAAAACUCCGGCUACCGUCCGACCAAAUCUCUUCGUUAAUCACCCUUUCUUACUCGAUCAAAGUCUUCGCAUCCAGAUGGAAUUUAAUAAGAAACAAGCUAAACGAGAUUCUCCCCAUCCUCGCCGCUCUGCCGCCGGAACUUCAAGAUUCAGUCGACAACCCAACUUUAUCCGGGGUCAUUCAAGCCGUUGAAGAAACAACAGAAUUCACCACCAAUUUGGCUCAGAAAUGUAUCGAUCUUUCCUACAGCGGGAAACUGUUAAUGCAGAGUGAUCUUGAUAUUAUCUGUGUGAAAUUCAACAACCAUAUAAAAUCGUUAUCUGAAUUAUCUCCCACGAAUGGGUUAUCCCCCAUUAACGGAGAUUACGCCUUAGUUGUUUCAAGACCUGAGCGAACAGCUUCGAAAGAUGACAUCAAAUUCUAUGUUAAAGAUUUGCUAUCAAGAUUCAGAAUUGGGAGCAAUGAGAUUAAGAAACGAGCCUUGAUAUGUUUCAAUGAAGUCAUUCACGAAGAUGAGAGGUUUGUGAAGAUAGCAAUGGAUGUUGAAGGGUUUGCUUUUGUUUUAGUUGAGCUUUUGGUUUCAAAAGAAUCGAGAAUCCAAGAGGAAGCAUUGAAAACGUUGGAUAUACUUUGUGCGUUUGAUUCAUACAAAUGUGUUUUAGUUUCAUUCGGAGUUAUUGCUCCAUUAAUCAGAGUUUUAGAAAGCGGAACCAAUUUGAGCAGAAAACUGUCCACCAGCUGUUUGAUGAAAUGCACAAGUGAAUCUGAUAAUGCUUGGUCAGUCUCCGCUCAUGGUGGGGUGACUUCAUUGUUGAAAAUUUCUGGUAGUGAAUAUGAAAACGAUGAAGGUGCAAUCCCAAUGUUUAUCAACCUUGUUAACUCCACAAACGAACUUUCCCAAAUCACUGCUAUUGAUUUCCUCCAAUCAAUCGCCUCUAAAGACGAAUUAGUAACCAAUUUGAUCGUUAAAGAAGGUGGGAUUCAUGUUCUAUCUCAAAUCUUGGAUCCACAAUUAUCCUUUUCAUCAACAACCCGAGAGAUAUCAAUAAUGGCAAUCAUGAAUUUAUGUUCAAAUUCAACAAGAUCACACACUUUAAUAAGUUCGGGUUUCUUGGAUCACAUACUCCAUUUUCUUAACAAUAGCGACACUUCGGUUCAAGAAUCGUCGCUAAAAGCCGCGUUUUGGUUAAGUGGGAUUUCGGAUGAUUUCAAGAAAGCAAUGGGAGAUAAAGAAUUCAUGCAAGAACUUGUGAAAUUGAUUGGUGCAAAGUCGUUUGAGGUUCGAGAAAUGGCAUCCGAGACAUUAUCGAAUUUGGUUUCGAUUCCGAAAAAUCGAAAAAAAUUCGUGGAAAAUGAUCAAAAUGUGGGAUUGAUUAUGCAAUCGGUUGAUCAAGAAGAUGGGAGUUCAAGUAAUCGGAAGCUUUUGCUUCCAAUAAUCAUGUCGUUAUCGGGUUGUAAUAGUGGUCGAAAGAAAAUUUUGAGUUCGGGUUAUUUGAAAAAUAUCGAGAAAUUAGCGGAUGAACAAGUUUCGGAUGCGAGAAAAAUCGUUAGAAACUUGACAUCGAAUAGAUUUGUUCGUAUGAUUAGAGGGUUUUGGAGAUGA